CAGGUGCUGCAGUUUGGUCAAAGCCCAGACAGAAACAAGUCAUUAUACACGGAAAACAAAAAACAAAGAAACACUCAAACGAUCAGUGGAAAGGAUACUCAUCCAACAGAGACAGCAACCGGAUUUAUCCAUCAAGAAUGUGUGGUGUGGAUGUUGAUCUGGAUGAAGGAGGCUCAGCUGAAGAGGAAAAGAACGAGGAGUUCUGGCUUGGGGAUGCAGAGAAGAUGCUUUCUCCUCCAGUGGCCCACACUGAUGGCAGCGCGUGGGGCAGCCGUAGGGACACGUGUGGCUUUGUGGCCUGUGGAGGGGUUCUCAUCCUCUGGAACCUGUGCGUGGUCUCUGCUAGUGCUCUGCUGCUGGCUAUGGUCUUCUCUGUGGUGCUGCUUCCUGCAGCCCUACUGUUGUACACUGGUUUUCUCUGCCAUUCCAGGGUCCUUGAUUCCCCCUCAGCUAUCUGUCGCUACCUGGAUGACAACAGCUGCUCCGCCCUCAUCAUUCUGGGCUUUGUGAUGAUGUCACCCCUGGUAGUGGUGGCGGCAGCAGUGUUCUGCGGGCUUCUGAGGAAGUUUCGUCUCCUUCUUUUCAUCCAGCCUAUCGCCAGGGCCCGAUACAGAGGACGACUGCUCGACUGGGUUGGAAACGUCCACGCCUGGGUGUGAGGAGAGGGGCUCAGCAUGAGAAGUAGAAAAGCCAAAAGAGUGAUCAGAGGACACAAUGAAAUUUACAGAUUUCAAUGUAAACAAGAAAACAGUGAUUAGAAAAUUCUCCCCUGGAUAGUUUUCAGCCCCAAAAUGUGAAAUCAGUAUGUAUUUACUAACUAUACACUAGUUGGUUACAAAGUACUUUAAAUAUUUUAUUUUAACUAAAUAUUUGUUCUGU